GUGGCGACCGAAGCAGAAAUCAGUUUUCAUUCUGUUAACUGUCAAACGAGGAAAACUGACUAGAAAAGAUCCUGAUUGACCGAUGAGCAUCUACAGUCCAUGAAGCUUCUGGGAAAAAUACAAGAGUCUGAAAGAAAUGUGGUCAAAAAAAGGAAAUAAGGUUUAUUCGUGUAUGUUGAAAGCACCAGGAUCUUUAUCAUGAUUACCUAACAAAUAUUUGCCAAAAUUCAAAACUAUAUGUAGAAAAAUUAUAUUAAGCUACAUUCUGCUAUAUAUAGUUCAAGCUCAAGUUAUUGUACUUUGCAUCUGAGUAAAAAGUUCAGUUUAAGUUUUCAAAAUGGCAGCUGUUGGCCAUCAACCACGUUUGCAACCUGGAAAACAAAAUGAGAGAACCAAACAACCUGUUACUCAGUUAGAAUUCCAUCAGGCUAUGAGUGACUUUAAAACUAUGUUUCCCGAGAUGGACGAAGAUGUUAUUGAAGUUGUUCUUCGAGCAAACAAUGGAGCUGUUGAUGCAACAAUUGACCAACUGUUAUCUAUGGCUACGGAUAAUGAAAAUGAACGUCUUCGAGCGGAAUUAGAUGCUACUGAAAAUGAUGAGCUUCCUCCAAGCUAUUCACCUGCUACACCACCACCAUCUUAUCAUCAGGCUGUACCAUAUGCACAGAGUCCCGGUAGAUUAGCUAGUUCACAGUUAGGUCGCAAAAUUGGUGGAGUUUCACCAGCUUUAAUGCGACAUUCUCAGUUUUUAAGUCCAAAGUUACCUUCUCCAUCACAGCAUGCAACUUCUACUGUAGCACCAAAGUCUACAUCUUCUCAGAAUACAAAUAAAACUCUUUUGAAAUCUGAUUCAGUUCCACUGCAGCAUCAAAAAAAGUGGAAUCCUCCUUUAGUUGGGCCAUUACCUUCCUCAUUUUUACGUUUAGAUGAUCGUCACCAUAAUUCUAGAAAGGGAAAGUUUAUGUCUGUAUUGAGUUCUGCCAUACUACAAAAACGCAUGCAAGAAAAUGAACGUCAGCGGAGAAACACAAUUGGUGCAGAGGACCCAGAGUUAGCCCAGUAUUUGGAAGAUGAACGAAUAGCCCUGUUUUUGCAAAAUGAGGAAUUUGUCAGAGAGCUCAUGGGGAACAAAGAAUUUAUGUCGACUCUAGAAAAAGAUACAGCAUGUAGUGGCAACAUGACAUUGCAGUCUAAACCAUGCCAUA